AACUCGAUGUCGGAAUGAAGGUUGUUCUUUGUCAGAUUUUUCGUUGUAGCUGUAAGAGUUAGAAACUUGAAGCAUAUUGUUGAUGAUAUUUUUCAUUCCGUUUCCCCCAAAGCAAUUUCAAGCUGAAAUUUUCAACCUACCUUUCAGUCUUGAAAUUAACGAGUUUAUUUUUGAAUUUUUGGUAUCUUCGCAAAGGUUUGAAUUUAUACGCUCCAUGUUGUGAAGUUCUGUCUGUCUGCUCGUGCUGUUUGCCAGCCUUGGAGGCAAGAAUUGUAAUGGCUACAAACAAAAACAAGAGAAUAAUUGCUUGAAAAGGAAGUCCACCAUGAAAUUUGUUUUCUUUUUAAAACUUUUGGCGGGAAAAUUCCUUAAUUUAUUCAAAGAUAUAAGAAGAACUUUCUCGAGUUUUUGACGAUAAAACAGCAAAAAUUUUGAACUGAACAAGGUAGAAAAGAUUUACUUAAAACCAAUGCACUCAUUUUGCUUUAUGACCGACAUUGGACUAUUUUUUGAAAUAUUAUCGUUUGUACUAUGUUCUAAACCUCUCGAACUAAGAAUGUCUGUAUUUUUUAUUUAGAAAUAUCCCAAUGGAUGUUUACAACUCGACAAGUCAUCUUUACGAACAGAAACAUUCAAAUAACGUUGAAGGCGAACCGAUGUUUCAAGCUUUGGCAUUGAGUUAUGAAGAAAACGACGAAGAACGAUAUGUUAGUGAAUGCCCGACUGGACGUUCAGAAGUAGAUGCAUAUUUAUAUGAAUGUAGUCGUCUUUGUGAUGAAAACGAACCUUCAAGUAUUGAUCCAGAUACUGUUGUUGAACAUUUCAAUGAUGUUUUCCGUCAGAGGAUUAACACUGAAAUCGAGAAAUUUCGCGUCAAUGUUAACGACAUUGUUAACGAACAUCAAAUGAACUUUCUUUCGACGUUUACAAUACAGAAGGAUGUCGAUCCAGCUCAAGAGGUACCUAUGCAUACCUAUUCAAGAUCAUCAAGUAUGGAUAGCAUCUCUCAAGACUAUCACAGCGUUCUUGUUGAACAUGGAAAAGGGAGUGAACCAAUGUCAACUUGCCAGUCUCCAGCGUCGACAUUCAACAGCUACGGUGCAUCUGAUAGUGACAAAGCAUGUGUUAGUUUUUCGCCCAAUGAUAUCAAUUUUCAUCGCGAAAGUGACGAAGCAAUGAGAGAUGGAUACGUCAUAAGAUUGUUGACAGCAACCUUGCAGAUCGGUAAUGCAUUACGUCGAAAAGAGUAUAAAGUCGUAUAGAAAUUACGUUUCUCCGGUAAAAACAAUAUUCUUUGCCAAAUUCCCUGUUUGAAAGUGACCACAUUGGUAGUCGAACCCUUUUUUCUAGAUUCUUGCAUUUGGAAGUAAUUGUUAAAUUGUUCUGCAAACAAAGUGCAAUACAGUAUAGUGCGAGCCAAUGUAAUAAUCAUAAGCAUUGAACACAAUAGUGGAAAAUAAGAGUACCAUAAUCCA